CCGUCGUGCGAGGAGCGUCGCCGCGCGUUCCUUGUUCGCGAAAAGUCUUCCUGGAGGACAAAAAAGGAGUCAGCUAACGAUAAAAGAUCUCCAGUUCUCGACACGCUAUUUGCGAGGUUUGUUUUGUGUUUUUUUGUUUAUCUUCGUUUCGCGUUUUCUCGAUGACUACGGUGGGUGCGCGUUUUUGUUGUUAGUUCGGUAUCUGUGCUGAAAUAUGGGUGCGUAAAAUCGCAUCGUGAAAAAGGUUGAAGAAACGUUUGUUAUGUACCGGAGGUGCGCUUUAGACGGUUGAGAUUUUCACAUAAGAGUGAGAUUUCUUUCGCGGACAGAAUAUCGACAAGGAUUUAUUCGCACUGUUAGCCAGGUGAACAGACUCGAGAUCUGUGAUGGAUUUAUGGUGACCGGUCAGUAUCUCAAACGCCUUGUUCGAAAUCGUUUGAUUUUGUGUUUUAGUUGAGGCGAAAGGCUCAAGUUUGUUGUUCAGUUCGCGUUCUUUCGUUCGUUUGUUCUUUAUACGUCAGUGAAUGGAAGAAGAGAAGAGACGGAAGUUUUUACGACCUUCGCUUCGCUUGGAACAAAGACUCCCGGCUGGCUCGGCACCGUUUUAUCGAUUCAGCUCUCUCUCUAUCUACGUAAUAUGAUCGGAUACCGCAGUAUAAUCGUACCCUGGUGAAAACUGACACGAGGAGCAAGCAGCCAGCUUUUCGAGAACCGCAUCUGCGACCAUCAAAAAUCGAGUCAGGAUGCAGGGGCGUCGAUCACAGAAGUGUCCCAAGUCGAGGCGAUGACUUGUCCGGAUGGAGACCGACGAAGGUGCGGAGCCCCCUGGGGCUUGGAUCAACUUCCUGUUUCCUGCCAACAUGUUAACGGACCGACGAGACGCGCCACUUGAAUCCUAACUUAAACUUAAAGUUCAGCGUCGAUUCGCCCUCGAACACGUGUCCCAGCGAAUUGAUUUAAACGGGACGAACCCAGAUGACCUACUUCUGGUGCAUGGCCGACGAAAUUUCCUCAAAUUCAUUUAUUUCCGGCGGAAUCGAACCGUGAAACGAAUUCGAUCGAAAUUGUCGACGUACCAACGUCACUUCAAAGGAUAACUGAAAACUGGUUUUGCUUCAGACGGUGAUUAAAAAGGGAUAAAGAAAAAAAUAUACGUACGAGUUGAUUCGAGAGAUCACUUACUAUACAUUACAUCGAUAUGUAAUACAUCGUCAAACUACGAGACGUAUUUUUAAAGGAUCGGAGAAGUGAUCGGUUUCUCAGUGUCACCACAAGCGAAUAAUUACUUUUCAAAGAAAAGUUUCUGAAAUUUCAGCGAGUAUCAACAUUUGCCAAUAUUACAUCUAAAACCAUUGAAACUAAUUCCCCACGAAAAAUGGCGGCUCCGGUGAUCGAAAAGAAGCGUUUCUUCUGUCGAGAAUGGGCCUUCAUGAAGUUGUCACACUGCUUGGAGCAACGACCGGCCUCGAAGACAUGCGGUGCUCUGAUCGUCGGCGGUCCCGGAAGCGGAAAAACCGCACUCUGUGCAGAAUUGGCGUGGCCAUCGUCCGGUGCCGGCGCCCGUCACCAACGAGCGCUAAACAGAAGGCUCUUGGCCAGACAUUUUUGCCAAGCGAGAAGCGAGGCGUCUCUGUCGCCGGCACAGUUCGUCAGAUCGUUGGUAGCCCAGCUGUUGCAAGCCAGCACCGACGGCAUCCACCUGUCGUCGCCCGCCUCGCCUACUCCCAGUACUGGAACAACGUCACUCACGUCAAGAGAAGCCGUCGCAGAAUCGUACGCCGACAAGCUGCGUACAGACUCUGAAAUCCAGGCGGCUCUACAGCCAGACGUUUUGGACCGCGACCCCGACGACGCCUUGAAGAAGGCUCUGCUCUUUCCUCUGCUGGAGGUCGAACCGCCAAAAAACUGCCUCUUUUUACUCGUCGACUCGAUCGACGAAGGACAAGUACUGAAUCCUCCCCAAACCGGGACUAGAGACUCGAGACAGGAAGGCGACAAUGUCAGCAGGACGAUAGCCGAACUACUCGCUAACCAUCAUCAUUUAUUUCCUCAAUGGCUACUUCUUGUUUGCACAGCGAGACGACAGAGCAAGACAAUCUCGCGGAUGUUCACGGGAUUUCGAAAAAUCAGUCUUGAUGAUCUGAGAAAGUCGCAGGUCGUCAGAGACGUACAGCAGUACAUUCUGGCGAGACUCGAUCAGGAGGAUGCCCUGCGGCAACAUAUCUCCAGGGACACGGCGGAGAUGCUUAAUCAAUUGCACAUAAAGAGUAACGGCUGUUUUCUUUACUUGGAAAAAGUUUUGGACGGCGUGGCCGAGAACUUUAUCGUGCUACGGGAAGUUCGCGAAAUCCCGGGAACACUCAACGGUCUUUAUCUCUGGCUGUGUCAACGUUUGUUUAGCAGAAAACAAUUCGCCAAGGUUCAGCCUCUCUUAAAUGUAAUUCUGGCUGCUAAAUUGCCAGUCACUCAAGAGAUUUUGUACAAGUGCGUUUGGACCGCAAACACCUCGAUCACAAUAGAAGACUUCAAUCGACGGCUACACCUUCUUCGACGUGUUAUUUCGGUUUCCAGAGCCGGUGCAUUGAUGCUUUUUCACCAUAGCUUUGCCGAGUGGCUUUUAGACGUGAAACACUGCACCCAAAAGUACUUGUGCUCAGCUCCCGAAGGCCACGCAAUGCUCUCAGCUUACUACACUCUGCGUGGUCCGGAGUUAAACUCCGACGAGAUUUGCGUCCUUGGACAGCAUCUUCAACGCUCCAUGACAAAUCUCAACGCAACAACCUGUACAUUAGACGCUCACACGCUUCAAGUUUUAUGGAUGAUCGGCAGUAGUGCACCGAUUGAAAAUUGUUACUUGGAUAGCUCUGAUUGCAUCCUCUGGCCAAGGCAGGACACGAAAUUGUUAAGAUUACUCGUUGAUGCCGGAGCUAAACCUUCGGAAAAAAUCAUUGAAGAGGAUACGAUCAGGGACGUCGUUUCUACUAGUCAGGUCUCGCAGGACGUUAGUCCAAUGGAAGAAUCUCUGGGUGAACCGUUGACCGAACUCCUUGGGGAGAGCGGGGAUAUCAACCAAGCAGAUUCCAGUGGCCGUACCGUUUUACACACCCUAGCAGCUGAUGGCAAUGCGUCUCUUCUGGAACUGGCUCUUGCUGCUUGUCCACAGGCCAAGCUCGAAGCUACAGAUCGACACGGUCAGACACCUCUGAACCUUGCAGCAAGACAUGGCUACGCUGAUGUAGUGAGAGUUUUACUUGCAGCUGGAGCUAGCGCGGAUCAUGCGGACUGUGAUGGCUGGACCGCCCUGAGGGCAGCCGCCUGGGGCGGGCAUACCCAGGUACAACUACAGCCAUGUCACUCCUCGCACAUCCUCAACAGUGUUAAAAGUACCCCCGAUGUAGUUGUCGAGCAGCUUCUAGACCGAGGGGCAAUGGUAGAUUGUGCAGAUUGGGAUCAGCGCACGGCUCUCCGAGCAGCUGCUUGGGGUGGUCAUGAAGAUAUCGUCAAAGCCCUAUUGCAGCAUGGUGCUGAUGUUAAUAGAACGGAUGACGAAGGCAGAACCGCCUUAAUCGCAGCUGCUUACAUGGGUCACAGUGAAAUAGUUGAACACCUCCUUGACUUUGGUGCUGAGAUUAAUCAUGCAGAUAGCGAUGGUAGAACAGCGCUCAGCGUUGCAGCCCUUUGUGUUCCAGCCAAUCACGGUUAUGCCAAGGUAGUAACGAUACUCUUAGAGCGUGGUGCUGCGGUAGAUCAUCAGGAUAAGGAUGGCAUGACCCCUUUACUAGUUGCCGCUUUCGAGGGUCACAGAGAUGUUUGUGAACUACUUCUGGAAUAUGAAGCAGACGUAGAUCACUGUGAUGCGACAGGACGAACACCGCUUUGGGCAGCUGCGAGCAUGGGACAUGGAUCAGUUGUAGCAUUGCUGUUGUUCUGGGGCUGCUAUGUCGACAGCAUAGACAAUGAAGGAAGGACAGUACUCAGUGUUGCUGCAGCUCAAGGUGGCACCGACGUAGUUAAACAGCUCCUUGAUCGAGGCUUGGAUGAGCAACAUAGAGACAAUUCCGGGUGGACACCGUUACACUAUGCUGCUUUUGAAGGACAUGUCGAUGUCUGUGAGGCAUUGUUGGAAGCUGGAGCCAAGGUCGACGAAACUGACAAUGAUGGCAAAGGUGCGCUAAUGUUAGCAGCGCAAGAAGGACACAGCGCUCUGGUAGAAAGAUUGCUACAACAUCACGGUGCUCCAAUAGAUCAACAUGCACAUGACGGAAAGACUGCUUUGAGAUUAGCUGCACUAGAAGGCCACUAUGAUACAGUUAGAGUAUUACUAGCUCACAGUGCUGACGUUAAUGCUAAAGAUGCUGAUGGCAGAAGUACUCUCUAUAUUCUUGCAUUGGAAAACAGAUUAGCCAUGGCUAGGUUUUUAUUGGAACAUGCGCAUGCCGAUGUUGAAAGUAGAGAUUCUGAGGGAAGGACUCCAUUACACGUGAGUGCAUGGCAAGGUCAUGUGGAGAUGGUAGCUUUGCUACUAACUGAAGGCGGAGCUGGAGUUAAUGCAUGUGACAACGAAAGGCGAACUCCCUUACAUUCUGCAGCAUGGCAAGGCCAUGCAGCUAUUGUCAGACUUCUUCUGGAGCAUGGGGCAACACCUGAUCAUACCUGUAAUCAAGGUGCAACUGCAUUAGGUAUUGCUGCGCAAGAGGGUCACGAACAUUGUGUUAGAGCGCUUCUAAAUCAUGGCGCUGAUCCAAACCAUUCGGAUCAUUGUGGACGAAAUGCUAUUAAAGUAGCUGCAAAGAGUGGACAUGACACAGUUGUUAGACUGCUAGAAGAACAUACGGCGAGUCAAAAGAAUUUGAGACCAGGAGUUAAUGGAGGUGGAAGCAGCAGUGCCACUUCAGUCACAUCGAACUCCACUGCUGAAACUAAGCCAUCAUCAGCUAUUCUCAAUCCGUUAUCUACCCAGUAUAGCCCUGCAGAAUCACCUGAUUCAACCAAGAGAAGAAGUUGUGUAUCACUUGGUAACAACUCAAGUAACAGCAAAUCGAGUAGUAAUUUAACGGGCAGUACCAAGAGUGAUCAAGGAAAGUUUAGUCAGAACUCAAUGGUCAACCAGGUAAUUAAAGCUCCGUUAUCUUUUACUCAACAACUACAGCAGUGCUCUAGAGGAGCGAAAAGUCGUCCUUUAAGUAAACUAUUGUCUCCGUUGAAAAGCGAGCCACAAAGUCCUAUCUACGCAUCUCCGCCACAUUCUCCGUUAAGCGACAGUUUGAUCCCAUAUUCACCAACUAAUACGAGCCCACCCAGUGCACAAACUGCAGCGAGUGUGAUACAAAGUCAAUUAGGUGUAUCUUUGUUGACGGCUAAUCAAAGUAUACAAUAUAAAGCUCAAGGGGGAAUGUACAAUCACGCAACCGCGAUUUAUGAGCCAAUAAAUAUAAAAACUGAAAUUAUUGAUAGAAACGACGGUACAAAGCCGUUUGACUUGACCAACGAAAUGUUGGGCUUAAGCAUUGGUAAAGAUAAGAAAAAUGGACAUGACGAAAAACGAAAUUCCGCAGAUACUCAUUUCACACGGGACACACACAUGAGAAUAAUAUUAGGUAAUAGCGGUGCGGGAGUCGGUAGAAAUGUCAAACACAUACCGGAAAAUACUCCUGGAAGCGGCAGUAAUCCGAAACCAAAACGUAAUGGGCUUGUAUCAAACCCGGCUAUGAGGCUAGUUGCAGGUGUGAGAAAUGGUAUUGAAAAUGCUACGAAUAGAAACAAACCCAUUACUACAAGAGUCAAUGGAUUUCAGUGGAAGGCGGAGACACGGAAAGAAACUCCAUUAUAGGAGCAGUGGACAGUCAUCCCUCAUCCACACUGUAGCCUUAGCUUCUUCGCAGUCAGGAAUUAUACGUGAAGUUGUCUACAGAUUUUCAAGAAGCACAAGGCAUGGCAUAAAAACAGUACCCGGCCAAAACAUGCAGACAGCUUGGGAAAAAUUUUGAAAGUUGAAGCAAUAGUGUGCUUUAAUUAUCCGCUUUUCAAUUUGUGAUGCCGCAACCGGGCAUCACAAAUCGGUACCACACCUGGAGAACAUUUAUCAGCAAAAAGCGAAAGUCGUUGAAUAAAUUCUUCUCCUUUUAUUUGAGCAAAAUCAAAGUGUCUCAAAUAAAAAGUGAUGAAAAUAACACGAGAUGAAAAGAAUAAAUGGCAAAUAAAUAUUGAGCAAAUAUUACCUAAUACAUAAUACCAAAUAUUAAAUUGCAUAAGUAAUUACGUAUAUAAAGUUAAGAAAUAUAAUCUUACGUAAAAAAAAACUUUGUAUAAAGGUAAUGGUAAUGAAAUUCUGUACUGAUCUCACUAAUACUACAUAUUGAUAUCUACUAAUUAUAUUUUGAAGAGGAUAAAGAACAAACUCAAAUUAUAUAUGAAAUAUUGCAAAACUUUUCUUACAAACACGGGACACAUCGUGAAUAAAUAUUCGACAAUUUGAAGGAAAUUUGAGAAUAAUGAGAACCGUGAAAGAAACGAAAAACUUCUCAGCAAUCAAUCUUCCUGAUGGAAUGAUUACGAUGUUACGAUGCAAAAGCUGCUUGAAAUACGUAAAAUUAUGGCCUAACUCCGACACGGAACUGAGCCUAUAUGUAAAUAAGUACAAGUUAUUUAUGCAUUGUGCACAAAAAUCGAUCGUAUCUAUUAUUACGUCACGCUGUAUGUGCAAUUAGAAGUAGAUCAACCGAACAACUAAAUUGAGAAAUUUCUAUUGUAUAACUGUAUGCACCAACGGAGAGAAAAUAACACCUGAAAAAUAUUGAGUUGUCUAUCACUGAAUGGGAAUGCAUCUGGAGUUUUUAUGCAACGUAAGUCAUGCUUCACACUUUUUAUUUCAGAUACUUAGCUAAAUACAUUAUUAUUAUUAUAUUACAUGUCAUAACAGAAUUUUUGAAUUUUAAGACAUCACAUUAGAAAAGUUUUGCUGUGCCAAUCAUCUCUGUACUAAACUCAACUGGCCCUUUACAGUUCAAUCUACAACCACUCUAUUCUGCCUUAUAGAUGCUCUGAUCGCGAUGUCUCAACGCUGGACACUCCGCUAACUUGCUUCACAUUCCACCUCAAACUAAUUAUGUAAUCCAAUUGAAAUACGCGAAAUAGAUACUGAACCUACUUUUUACGGGAGCUAACCAAAGAUUACCAACAAGAUUAAUAGAUUAAACGAAAAAAGCAUUUAAUGAAUGACCCCCGAAGUAAGAAAUUUUUUUUGUUAACUAUCAAUUAUUUUUUUUACUGUUUAAGAAAAAACUCCAUCUUGCCUUCAUUUAUAAAUAAAUUUAAAAAGCCUUGCGGAUUGAAGGUGAUGAAUGAAAGGAAAAAUUAUUGAAGAAUUGAACAAAGUUUGCCUACUUGCGAAUUAAUAAUUAUUAACUUUAACAAUAACGCAAUAAAAUUAUAAACGACCUUUAGAUUAACAUUAUAUAUAAAUAUUUCUACAUUACUGUCGUAAUAUUAAACGUCAAUUCUUUCGUGUAUUAGAAUCUACUCUUAUAUUAUACCACAUAAAUUGGCAUCCAACAAACAGGACUUUAGAUCUGUGAAAUCUAAUAAAACUCUAUUAUGUAAUACUGAAAAAUUGCCUGAAAUUAAUGUCGAUUUUAAUACUUUCUGAAUCGUAGCAAUUCUCGGAUCCUGCAAUUUGCAAAGGAUUUCUAUUUUCAGAAUUUAGACCCAACGCAUAUGUCCCAUGGAACUAUACAUAAAGAAAAAUAUUCCAUUGCUAUUGAUGAUAUGUAAAAAAUGAAUUUAAUAAUCAAUAGUACUUGAGUACAUGAUAAUUAUCGAUCUGGCAAGGUUUGUACUGUUUAGAAUUUAGUAGUUGUAGCUAUGACAUUGACAUAAUUUUAUGGAAUUGAGUUUUUAUAUGAUCCGUACUUAUAAAACCCUUACUCAGUAGCAAACAUAGAUAAAUUUCGUUUGCCAUCAACAAGACUCAAAGUCUAUGUUUGAACGGAAAAAAUAAUGAUACGUAAAACUUUCUUCUACAAGGUUUAGAAAAAUAUUUUGAAUGUUUAGAAUAUGAUUUAAUAUCAAGAAAGUGUAAAUCCAAGGCCUACAUGUAAUAACGAAUAUAUAUUGUAUUUAAUUUUUCGUAAUCACAUGGCAAACGAUUUAAUUUAGCAUUAGUAAAUAGAGUAUUUAAUAUCUACUGACCGUUUCUAUCGUAUGUUGAGUAUAGCUUUAAUUACGUAUAAAUGUUGGUUCAUGCUAAUUUUAACUAAACGGGAUGUUAAUAAAAGUUAGCAUGUACAACAAAUAACUUCUGUGUGAUUUUUUUUAGGUCAAGAAAUGUGAUUUAAAUGAUGCUAAAUUGAGAGAGUAAAAAUUUUUAGAAAUGAGUUACUAAGAAGAAAAUAGUAUAAUUAGUAAAAACCAUUGUUAGCAAAGUUUAAAGUAGUUUAAUAACUAUUAUUAUGAUUACUAAUAUUGUAAAUAACUAACUAAAUUAUUAUUAAAAGUGGUGUUCGGUUUAGCGCACCCUGUAAUAUGAAAAUAGUAAACGGAAAAUAAAACCUUGUGUUAAACUGAAAAUUUGUGUUCAUAUAACAAACUGUAAAUCGUAAAUAUUAUCUUCAGAUGAAUACAACAACAGCGUUUCCGAAAGUGAAAGAAUGUAUUAUAAAGUAAAUGAUAGUGAUCUUCCUCACAUUGUAUAAAUAAAAAUCAUUGUGCUGUUUAAA